AUGUGUAUUGAGGAGUUGCAACUUUUGAGCCACAAACAGCUUCCGGCGAUGAUCGAAAUGAAUUGUGCGCCGUUCCUUCCAUCCCUUCUCCUCCUCAGCCUUACCUUGGCAACCAUUGCCACCUGCAACGACCAAUUCUUCUUCUCUGGCUUUACACAAUCUAACCUAACCCUGGAUGGUAGUGCCGUGGUCACACAAGACGGCCUCCUCGAUAUGUCCAACGGCACGAACAAUGUCAAAGGUCAUGCUCUUUACCCCACUCCUUUGCGCUUCCGCGAUUCAUCUACCGGGAAAGUGCAAUCAUUCUCGGUCACCAUCAUUUUUUGUAUCGUCAAUACAUACCCUGGCGUGGCUGCUAAUGGGGUGGCCUUCUUCAUUGCCCCAAGCAAGAAUUUCUCAGAUGCACUGCCCGCGCAAUACUUUGGGAUCCUGAAACAGAAGAGCAAUGACAGCCUCUUGGUAAUUGAGGUUGACACCUUCCAGGACCCCGAGCUGCAAGACAUCAAUGACAACCACAUCGGCAUCGACAUCAAUAGUAUUUUCUCCUUUCAAUCUCAUACGGCUGGCUUCUAUGAAGACUCUAGUGGUGCCUUCAAGAACCUGACGCUGAAUGCCCAGAUGGAACUACAAUUGUGGGUGGACUAUGACGAGGAGGAAACAAGGAUCAAUGUGACCUUGGCUCCACUCCAUGUCGGAAAACCCUUGAAGCCACUAUUGUCUGCAACCUAUGACCUCUCAACUGUGCUCACGGAGACAGCAUAUAUUGGUUUCUCAUCUACUGCUGAACUUACAAACACUAGUCAUUAUGUUCUUGGAUGGAGCUUCGGUAUGAACAUGCAAGCUCCGUCCAUUGACAUCUCCAAGCUUCCUAAGUUGCCUAGUGUUGGCGAAAAGGCCCAGCCAAAGCUCUUGGCGAUCAUCCUCCCAAUAGCCACUGCAGCAUUGAUCAUGUCUAUCGGCACUCUCGUCAUUCUGAUGGUGCGAAGAAGAAGAAGAAGGUAUAGUGAGGUGCGCGAGGAUUGGGAGAGCGAGUUCGGCCCACACCGAUUCUCGUACAAGGAUUUGUUCAAUGCUACUCAAGGAUUUAAGAGCAAGAACCUGGUUGGAGCAGGAGGGUUCGGGGAGGUAUACAAAGGGCUGCUUCAGUUUUCCAAGAAGGAGAUCGCCGUGAAGAGGAUGUCCCACGAGUCGAGACAAGGGAUGAAGGAGUUCAUCACCGAGGUUGUUAGCAUUGGCCGGUUGCGACAUCGCAACCUAGUGCAGCUACUUGGUUAUUGCAGGCGGAAAGGUGAACUGAUGUUGGUGUACGACUACAUGUCAAAUGGCAGCCUCGACAAGUACAUACACUAUCAACAGGACGACAAGCCCACCUUAAAUUGGGCUCAGAGGUUUCAGGUCAUCAAGGGUAUCGCUACCGGCUUGCUCUACCUGCACGAGAAGUGGGAGAAAGUCGUGGUGCACCGGGACAUCAAGGCAAGCAACGUCCUCCUCGACGAUGAAAUGAAUGGGCGGCUCGGCGACUUCGGCCUCGCCCGGUUAUAUGAUCACGGCACCGAUCCACAGAGCACACACAUGGUCGGCACGAUGGGGUACCUUGCCCCCGAGCUAGUGCGCACGGGCAAGGCGUCCCCUCUUACCGAUGUGUAUGCCUUCGGCAUGUUUCUUCUUGAAGUUACAUGUGGGCAAAAGCCUGUCAGGCAAGGUCCUACAGUGGAAAACCAGGUUUUCUUGGUGGACUGGGUCCUGGAGCACUGGAACAACCGACUGCUUAGCAGGACGGUGGACGCACGGCUCCAGGGUGACUACGGCGUUGACGAAGCGUGCCUCGUGCUGAAGAUAGGACUUUUGUGCCUGCACCCCUUUCCUGGUUCGAGGCCUAGCAUGCGACAAGUCAUGCAGUACCUCGACGGCGAGACCCCUCUGCCAGAGAUGACGACGACGCAGCUGAGCGUGGAGAUGCAGGGGUUGAUGCAGGACAGCGGGUUCAGCACAUCCGUCAUGUCUUACCCCCAGCUGAUGUCCAGCUUUGGGGCAGUGUCCGACCUCUCUGGAGGACGAUGA